UGCGGAGGCCGGAGAGGGACGGCGGAGGACGAAUACCCGCUAUUUUUUAAAAAGAGGGAAAUAAAGCUGCUAUGUCGGCGUGAAGAAACGGGACCGCGCUGGGAGUUUUCAUUCAUUUGUACAAAGAUGGAAGGUGAAUGUCUGGCCCUGAAGGACCUGACCAGUCCCAGGAAGAGUGUGGCAAUGAAGGACGGCCAUGAAGGAGAAGAUGGUGGACAGGGUGAUCACAAGGAGAAUAUUUACACCGAGCGGGUGCGAUCCACCCCGCUGAGUUCUGCCGACUCCACCGCGCCCCCUCUGCUGAUGAACAGACGAGGCGCCAACCCCGACCUGACCCAGAUCACCCCCAUCAAGCUUGGCGCUCUGGCCGAGCCCUUGACGCCCACGGCCAACCUGAAGAUCCUGGUCAGCGCGGCGAGCCCGGACAUCCGCGACAGGGAGAUGAAGAAGGUUCUGUUCAGACCCAUAGAGAACGACAGGGAGCAGACGGCCAGGACGGACGCCGCGGUGGAGGAGGAAGCGGAGGCGGACGACCCCGGCCAGUUCGACGCCGCGUUCGAGGACGACGACGCGGAGAAGAAGCCGAGCCGGAAGCAGAAGAGUCUGGGGCUGCUCUGCCAGAAGUUCCUCGCCCUCUACCCGGACUCCACGCCUCUGCACAGCCCCAUCCGGAUCUCACUGGACGAGGUGGCAAACAGCCUGGGAGUGGAGCGGCGCCGCAUCUACGACAUCGUCAACGUGCUGGAGUCGCUCGCCAUCGUGGGGCGGAUAGCCAAGAACAGCUACACCUGGCACGGGCGGCAGCGGCUGCACGCCACGCUGCAGGAGCUGCAGCGGCGGGGCCUGCAGCACGGCUACCACCUGCAGAUGGAGCCGGCGGCGGAGGCGGCGCUCGGCCGGGAGGACGACGGAGACGCCACCAAUGCUGGAAUCAACAGGAAGGACAAAUCUCUGCGCAUCAUGAGCCAGAAGUUCGUCAUGCUGUUCCUGGUGUCUCAGACUCAGACGGUCACUCUGGACGCGGCGGCGAAGGUCCUCAUCGAGGAGGGCCAGGACGCCUCCAGCCACAGCAAGUACAAGACGAAGGUGCGCCGGCUCUACGACAUCGCCAACGUGCUCACCAGCCUGGGCCUCAUCAGGAAGGUUCACGUCCGCGAGGAGCGCGGCAGGAAGCCGGCCUUCCGGUGGCUGGGCCCGGUGGAGUUCGGCGGCGCCGGGACCCCCGCUGAGGCUCAGGCCUCGACCGCGGCGCCCACGGCUCCGGACCUGCGCAGGAAGAUGACGCGCCACGCCUCCUUCAGCGUCACGCCGACGGCGGCGGCGGCGCAGCGGCGGGUCAGCUCGGCGCCCAGCAGCCCGCGGCCGGAGCUCAGGGGCCCGACCAGCCAGCCGCUGGAUUACUCCAGGAAGCCGCUGAGCCACGGCGCCGUGUGCCGCCUGCAGUUUGGAAACGGCGCCGAGACUCUACCCAGCAUGCCCCUGCAGCCCCCCGGCGGCAGCCCCUCCCCCCACUGCCUGGCCUACCUGCCCAGCCUGUCCCAGCCCUCCGUGCUCAUGCUGUACCGGGCGGCGGAGGGGAGGAAGAGGAGGAGGGAGGAAGAGGAGCAGCAGGAGGAGGAGGCGAAGAGGAAGGGAGGUCCCGGCUCGGAGGAGUGUCUCCAGACGGCGGCCGGUCCUCAGGGCGGAGCCGCUUCGCCCGGCCGCCCCGCGGCCGUCAGCGACGCCGCCGGAGCGUCACACUACCUCUACGUGCCCAACAACGCAGGACUCAACAGUCUGAACUUCCUGCUGUCGGCCGGGCAGCCGGUGCCGGGCGUCGGCCUGCCGCCCAGCGGCGUGCCGGCCCUGGCGCUGCCGUGCGUCCUGGUGGCGUCGCCCGCCCUCUCCCACUUCUCCCUGCUGAGCGGCGGCCCCGCCGUGCCCGCCAUGAUGCCGCCCGGCCACUUCCUGAUGGGGGCGGCGCCCUACGGCGGCGGCGGGUGUUCCAGCCCGGAGCGGAGGAGGGCGUACGGCUCGGGGGCGGCGGGCGCGCCGCGCUCCCCAAACACACCCGAACCACUGACCCCACACACUCCGAAGGAGACCGGCAGCUCGUCCUUCUUCCAGACGCCGGGAACUCUGGGAGACGCAGGCAGCGCCGCUCCGGCGGGCAGGAAGAGGGGCUCGGCCCAGAGGAGGCUGGACGUGGGGCACCCCCCCACCGCCUAGGACCACGCCCCCCACCGGAUCUGUUCAUUGUUGCAUUAUGGGUCACCAGGUUGUCCGCGACGACGCCCUCCAGUGGCUGCUCAGGUCACUGCGCUCACCUUCUGAAUCUCCUGAAGCCCCUCCCCCCACCCACACAGUGUUUGUGCAUUAGAGGCCAAUUGCUAUUUAUAUUUUAGCUAAUUUAAAUAAUUACGUUAACUUUUGAGUUGAAUGUGAGUUUUUAGCUGUCCUCCUGUCGGCCUCAUCCCAGAGUCUGUCUCGUCAUAGGAAAUCCGUUAGCUGCUGGUCGAUCGAUCGAUCUUCCCUGGACGCGUUUCACAUCUCACUGUGAGAAAGAGGAAAAAAAAAUCACUAAAGCCUUAAAUGUUUACAGCUAGGAGUGUGUUAAAGUCACGCCGAGCAGGCCGCCGCCGCCGCCGCCGCGGUGCGUUCAGGUACUUGAAUAUCGGAGUACUGUAACUUUUCUUUGCUUCGCCGUACCGACAGGAAGCAGAGGAGGUGCUAACUGCUUGAAAACAUCCUCAGGUGCUUCGUCAGGCCAAAGGGUGCUAAGGAGGCCCUCUGCGACCGGGGGCCUCCUGCAGGUCAUGUACAGCUCGUUUUUAUCGUUACUUCCGUGGUUUCAGUCGUUCUCCAGAUAAUGAGCCCUGCACUGUAAGCUGAAGCCGCCGUGUCGACCGGAACUGUUUCAC